CUUAGAAGACCAGGAUGGCCAGACAACCAUACAAGAGACAGAAGGUUGCCGUUUUGGAGACCGGAGCACCUCCUUUAAUUCCACCCACGAAAUAUGAACCAGCACCUGCAUCUUUGAGAAACUUUCCAUCUUCUAUAGUCAAUGGAGUUACUGCCGAGGGUGGUUUGUUUUCGUUGACUUUCAAGUCUGUCACAUGUGCCACAUUGGUGGAAAACUAUGAUUUGAUGCGUAGGGCUAUUUUCCCCCCUGAAAAAGUCGAGCUUUCCCGCAUAAUCGACCAUAAGGUAGAUUACAAAGAUAUCUUGAACAAUUUAAAAACUGAAGUUGAGGCAGAGAAGGUCAUGACGGAUACCGAUGUUACCCCAGUAGAUGAGUUGCAGAGACAAUUACAGGUCAUAUUGGAAAAUGACCUGAAUUUAUCUGAAUUUGGUGAAAAGUUGAAGCAAGAGUAUGAGGCUAGAAACCCCACCAAAGUACUUGCUUUCAGUGACAAAGAAUAUACUAGCUUGACUUUGGAAAUUCCUGAGGUUAAGGUUGAUAGUAUUGAUGACGUCAAGAACCCACAUCUCAUUAGUCAAUCAGAAAAGGAAGAACCACAGCCAGGAACUGAAAAAGUUCCAAUAGAACUGAUACCACAAAAGGAAACGCAACCAGUAGAAAUAGUGGCUAAAGCCGACUCAGCAACUGAGCCAAUAGUGCUGGCAGUAACUGAAACAGUAUUUGAAACAGCAACAGGAUCUUUAGGUGCGGAAGCAGUUUCAACAGAAGCUCAACUAGUAGCUCAAGAGACUCAAGCUGUGUCAGAAGCUGUAGGGAAUCCAACAACAGAGCCAGAAGCAGUUCAAACUCUUCAUUUUUGAUUUUCUUCUAGUUUUACUUCAUAUUAAGUCAUAUGUAUAUUACGACCUUGUACAAUAAAAAUUUUAUUUUC